GCGUGCGUGCCUUCCUCCCACCUCGGGCUCGGGGAUUAACCCCCCCCACCACCGUAGCACACAUACGCUAAUCCCCAGCGCCACCAGUACGGCGCAGCCGCGGGCGAUCAACCGCGGCACGUGCGCCGCGGAUAACCGCCGUCACGUACGCCACCGCCGUCUCGGUCUCGCGCGCGGCAAAAGAAAAAAAAACCCGGGUGCGUGAUUAGUUGACGGGGCCACGCCGUAUAAAGCGUCUCGGAAGCUAUACACGAGCAGGCGUAGCUGUUAGUGGAGGAGGAGAAGCGAAGCCAAAGCCAAACAAGGUUAGAGAGAGAGAGAGAGAGAGAGAGAGAGAGAGAGAGAGUUGAGAGUGAUCACGUCGGAACCCUCCGAUCCAACCCAAGGGAGAUUUUGGCUGCGCGUACGGUGCCGAGACUUCUUCCGACGACGGAGGCGGAGGCGGAGCUGGAGAGAGUUGCGCGCGCGGCGGGCCGGCGAUGACGAAGGCGACGUGAUUGACGCACCACGAUUAUGGGCAUCCAAGCCCGUGCAGCAGGGAACAAGGCGGCGACGCACGAGCACGACUUCCUCUCGCUGUACACCGCCACCGCCGCUGCUAAGGAUUCUCCUCUCCCGCUCCACGACUCCAAGGCCCCUCCUCCCUCUCAAGGUCUCUUCUUGAAGACGCACGACUUCCUGCAGCCAUUGGAGAAGCCGCCGGGAGCGCCGGAGCCGUCGCCCCCGCUCGGCGCGGGCACCGGGCACCAUCAGCAGGUGGUCAUCAAGCAGCACGGGCUGCCCCUGCCCGGCGGCGUCGGCGCGUUCAGCAUCAGCCCCGCGCCCGGGGCGGGUCCGGGGCCGCGGUCGGCCGCGGUCAAGGCGGAGCCGCCGUUCGUGCUCUGGGGCCAGCCUGCAGCAGCACCAGCGGCACAGCCGGGCGCACGAGGGCACCACCACCAGUGGACGUUCCCCUUCGCCGGCGCCGGGCGGGUCAGGCCGCGGCAGCAGCAUCCACCGCCGGAUAAUAAGGGGCGCGGCGGCGGAGGCGGGCUCAUGGAAUCUGGCUCCAGAUCCAGCUGCGGCGCCGGCUUCGACGACGACGACGGCCUCACCGCGCGCCGCGAGGUCUCCUCCUUGCUCAAAGAGUUGACGGUGAGGAUGAGUAGUGGGGAAGCGAUGAGUCCGCAUGCGCUGAUGGCGGCGGGCGCGGGCUUGCAGUGGCAACCGGCCCACGUCCACCAGCUCCACGCCCACCUCCUCGUCUCCGGCCGCCUCAGCGGCUCGUCGGCCCUCGCGCUGCUGCGCGCCGCCUGCCGCGUACGCGCGUCCCCCUGCCUCCGCCCUCUCGCCCACCACUUGCUCGACCGAAUUCCCCACCUGUCCCCGCACCUCCUCCACGCCGCCGCACGCCUCGCCUCCCGCCUCAGCCUGCCUUCCCUCGCUCUCCGCCACUACCUGGCUCUCCGCGCGCGCCACCCGGCUUUCCUCCCUCCCGCCCCUGCCAUCGCGGACGUGCUGAAAUCCGUCCCUGGUCGGGCGGCGCACGCCCACGCACUACGCGUCGCCGCCCGCGCUGUCGACGCUCGAUUCCUCGACAACACGCUCAUCGCGAUGUACUUCGCCUGUGGCGACGGCUGGAGCGCACGCCACGUGUUUGAGGGAAUGCGCGACCGGGAUGUAGUGUCCUGGACUUCACUAAUAUCGGGGCUUGUGCAAAACGGCUGCCCCUUACAAGGGCUCCAUCAUUUUGCAUCAAUGAUGCGCAGUGAGGUGUGCCCAGACUUUGUGUUGCUCGUAUCGGUCCUUAAGGCAUAUAUGGAACUUGAUGACUUGCCCGGUGCCAGAGCAGCUCAUUCCUUAGUAGUCAAGAGUGGCUUUGCCAAUGAACUAGAUGUGGUGAUCACGCUGAUAGCCAUGUAUGCCAGGUUUGGGUGCAUCGUCGCUGCGAGGGCACUCUUUGACAGGGUCCCGUCCCCACAGGUGAAUGUGAUCCUUUGGAAUGCCAUGAUAUCAGGUUACUCCAAGAAUGGACUUGCCAGUGAGGCGGUGCAUCUGUUCAAGCGGAUGAGUAAGGUUGCGAAGAGCAUGACCCCUGACUCAGUCACCUUACGGUCGGUGAUCCUGGCUUGUGCUCAGCUUGGUUCCACUGAGCUUGCAGAAUGGAUGGAAGACUAUGUCCAAGGCAGCAAGUACAGGGAUGAUGUGCUUGUCAACACAGCGCUGAUUGACAUGUAUGCCAAGUCAGGGAGCAUUGCCCGUGCGCAUGCAGUCUUUGAACGAAUGCACAUGCAGGAGCGGGAUGUGGUCGUCUGGAGUGCACUAAUUGGUGGUUACGGGGUGCAUGGCCAUGUCAAGGAGGCUGUUGCCCUGUUCGAGGAUAUGAAGUGUGCUGGGGUGAAACCGAAUGACGUGACAUUCCUGGGCCUCCUGUCAGCAUGCAACCAUGCGGGUGCUGUGGAGAAAGGGUGGAGCUACUUUCACUCCAUGAAACAUGACUAUGGGAUCGAGCCCCGGCACCAGCACUAUGCCUGCGUGGUGGAUCUGCUCGCUCGUGCUGGCCAGCUUGACAGGGCUUAUCGGUUUAUAAUGGACAUGGCCAUCAAGCCAGAAAUGAGCGUGUGGGGUGCCUUGCUUCAUGGUUGCAAGAUGCAUGGGCACUCAAACAUGGCCAUGGCUGAGUGUGCCGCGCAGCACAUCUUUGAGCUGGAGCGUUCUAAUGCAGGGCAUUAUGUGCAGCUUGCAAACUUGUAUGCAUCCGCAGGGAUGUGGAGCCAUGUUGCUGGUGUCAGGGUCACCAUGAGAGAGAGGGGUGUUAGCAAGGCGACAGGGUGUAGUUCCGUCGAUAUCAACGGAGAGAUGCACUCUUUCCAUGCAGGGGAUCACUCGCAUCCUAGGGCCAAUGAGAUAUUUGCUUUGCUCUAUCUUUUUUCUCCAACUACAGCCGGAUCUGGAGGCGGACAAGAAAAUUUUUGAACGCCCUUUUCUUCUCUCUUGUUGCUGAAGGGAACACGUGUUACAAGUUGACAGUAAGAGUGGACCGGCAGGGUGGGAGCUGCAGCGAUGGCGGUACGGAUCAACGGCCAAACACACCACGGUCAAAACACUCGGCCACAGAGCAGCGCCGACGCAGCAAGAUCAAUGACAG